GUCAGGGUUUCAAAACCUCUGCAUAAACAACGUUGUUGCCCUGCCUUUCUUCCACCCCUUCGAGAAAAACCACAAUACGUAGAAUGCCGGAUUUUAUUAGGUUUAUGAAAUUCUCAUUCCAUGGACUCCCCUGAACGCGAUCGCCAGCCGGUCGCGUCAUCAGUGGAGGAUUCUCCUCUAACUUGUUACCUUAAUACACUCUCUCCUCUAGAGCUAGUUAAGGCAAUACCCUAUUCACAAAGGUUUACCGACAUUAAUUUCUCAAGCCCACCACCUGUGUUCAAAUCACCCCGUUUAGAUCUUCAGCGUGAAACCAGUUUUCUGAAAAGAGAGAAGAUUGAAGCAGGAGGUUCAGUUGUUUAUGGAGAAUCUGAAAGCCGACUGAAGCCAAUCAUAGUUCCGUGUUCUCAAAAGGAAGUUCAAUCGUCAGGUUCAGAUGUCAAUGAACAAACUGAAAGCCAACUGAGUCCAAUGCCGAUUCCUUUCUCUCAAUGGGAGGACCAAUGGCACAGUUCUGCAGGAUGUGUUGAUGAAUAUCUGAUUGAUCCGGAGGAACUGGACGACUCUCUGAAUUCUUUGCCAGCACAAGCAGCUAGAGAUGGUCCACAUUUGUCACAGAGUUGUUUUACAGGUACCCAAGAAAUCAUUCCGAAAUUAGAAGAUGCUAAUCAUGUGGUUGCUGAAGCUGGAAUGCUAAAAUUUUCAUGGCAAUAUGAAAAGAAGUUUUCUUAUAGUUUACUGAAUGUGGCUGAGAGUGCAGUGGACACGAUGAGCUUUGAAAGGGAUGCUAAUGGGUUUCUGGAGCUUAAUUCCAGUAAAUUUAAUUGUCACAUGAAGGCAUCUAAUUCUCUUAAUCUUCAAUCUAGAGUGCCUCAAGACAAACAAUAUAUGGCUCAGGUUUCUCAGAAUGUUAUGUUGCAGACUUCUGAUGGCCCACUUAAUGAAUGGGACAGAAACUAUCCGCAAUAUCUUGAAUCUUUUGAUAGUGUCGAGGCAUGUGAACAUGGUGCAGAGAGGUCAAAAAUAUUAGGACCUGCAGAGGACGUUGAUCGGGACCAACGGGCUAUACGCAGGCAUCUUCAAUUUGGGGCUACCAUGGUCUGGAAUGGUGGUGCUACUACAAGCAGCAUCGAUAAUCAAAGUAACCCAACGAAAGUAGUUGUGAAUUCAAUGCUUCCAGCAAGGUUUAGAAACUUAAAGGAUUUGGUUCCAUCAUCACAGAAUGAAUCCAUUGGAAUCUCCAGUAGAGGGAAACCAGUCAGCUAUCACAAUACUGUAACUCCCACUUCCUCCUGCCCAUCUGAGUUUGUUGGAUCAACUCGAAAUGUUGGAGACCUUCCUGUCCCAGAUUUCACUCCCUCUAGUUUAAGUAGUAUGGCAAGAUCCGUAUCUAUGCAUUCAAAUAUGUUUGCAAGCAAGAACUUGGCUGGUUAUAUGAGUUCUCAGGAGAAGCAUCUAGCGACCAAUGAGGGCCAGAAUUUAGCAAAUUACUCAAACAUCAACUCAGUUACUACCAUUGCAGCGAAAACUAAUGUUCAUACUCAUAUGGAUGACGAUGAGGAAGAAACACAUGCUGUUGAGGCAGCCACUUCUGCCAGUUUGCCAGUAGCUGACAGGUUUGAAGAGUUAAACAAAGAAAGUUCACAAAGAAAGAGAGAAAAAAAAAGGGUAACAGGCACAAGUGAGAGUGAAGGCUGCAAACGUUGCAAUUGUAAAAGGUCCAAAUGCUUGAAACUGUACUGCGAGUGUUUUGCCGCAGGAGUUUACUGUGUGGACUGUUGCGCAUGCACAGAAUGCUUUAACAAGCCCGAAUAUGAGGAAACUGUGCUUGAUGCACGACACCAAAUUCAAUCCCGUAAUCCCCUUGCAUUUGCUCCAAAGAUCGUCAAGUCUGUUACUGACUCUCCAGCAAAUUUAGUGGAAGAAGGGAACCAGACGACACCAUCCUCAGCCAGGCACAAAAGGGGCUGCAAUUGCAAGAAGUCAAAGUGCCUUAAAAAAUAUUGUGAAUGCUUCCAGGCUAGAGUUGGAUGUUCUGAUGGAUGUCGAUGCGAGGGAUGCAACAAUCCUUUUGGUCAAAAAACAGCAAUUCUCCUUCAUAAUGCUGGAUUUACAGGAGCAGAAAGAUGGGAGAAUCCGUGCCAUCAGAAACUUGAUACCAAGGAGACUGUUACUGCAGAUUCCAUCAAGGCUGGGAGAAUGCAAUGCUCACCAAAUUGGAAAGAACUUGCAAAUAUAAUCCACGGAACUCCACCCGUGUCACAUCAGCACUUGGGAUCAGUGACUUCUUCCAGUAAUCCUGAUGCCGGGAACUCCUCAAAUGUUUCACCAAUUGAUCUACAUUGCAGAAGGAGUUACCAGCCUUCAGUCGGUUACCCUCCCUGGAGUUGUUCACCAUUGAGCCUUGCCACAGAAUUAUCUGAGGGCAUGCCCCCACAGGAACUUGGCUGUCACAUUCCUCCAUAUGGCAUACUGAAGGACGGUGACACACCUGAGAUACUCAGGGUAACUUCUACUCCCCCCAAGGCAGUCAAAGCUUACUCACCAAACAAAAAACGGAUAUCACCACCUCAACAUCAACCACAGGGAUCAAGGUCAAGCUAUUUACCUAGCUUGAGAAGUGGCCGCAAAUUCAAAAUUUUGCAAUCCAUGCCCUCUUUCCCACCUCUCACUCCAUGCAGCAAAUCUAAAGAUUGCUCUGACGUGACGGGGAAGGAUCAUAGAGGAGGAAGUACCAGCAGUCAGUAAGCAGCAUGACCAUAGUUGGUGUUGAAAGCCAAGAAACUGCCUGCAACUGCAGAAAAAUGAAACCUUUAUGCUGCCAAGACUACAAGAAAGAGUUAUUGCAGGCAGAGGUGCUAUUUCUUUGCCUUGUUACCCUUGCAGGGUUCAGAAAUUUUCCUGGUAGCCUACUGAGGUAGAAAAUGGAAUCCUUCAGUGAUAAAGAUAUUCCUUCCAAAACAUCUGUUACAUAGAGGAGUUUGGAAAUCUUGUACAUAUAUUGUCAUCUUACAGAUGACCUUUUUGGUGGAUUUUGUCAAUAUUGGUUACCUGUAACCAUGCAUUGCUGCAGUAGAAGAAAAUCUUUUUCCUGAUGAACGUAUAUAGUCG